AUGAUUGGGAACGCAGAGCUUGGGACAUUCGAAACUGCAGAAAUCGCACGCGCAACGGAGAACACGGAACAUAGUGGUGUAACCGUCCAGGUUCGACAAAGUUUGAAACACAAUUAUGCUGCUGAGACGGAUGUAACCCUCUUGUCGCACGGAGCAUCUGCAGAGGUCAUGCAUGAGGCGAAAAUGGGAACGUUCGUUUUGAGCGUUGACAACCUCGCGACCUUCGAUAGCGGCGACAACAUUUCCAUCACGAGCCAUGGCACCUUCGGCAGCAUACCUAACAGCAUCGGGUCUCUCGACCUGGACGCAGGGACCGUGCAGCUCGAUGAACCUUUGAACAAAACAGUUCCGCAGGGCGCCACCAUCGUCAAAGAGCUCUCAUCCACCUCUUCGGCCGGAGGUCAAUGCAACAGAUCUGAUCUAGCUUCGAAUGAGACGACAUUCCUGACGGAUCCAGUUAUGGAGGGAGCACACCGGUUGCCAGUUGAGUGCGAGUCUAAGUUCACAGUCAACGGCAGCGUCCGGAUCGUUGGAUACAGCCAUUCUGAGACGGGGACGAUCGAUAGCUUGAAUUUCUCGUCCAUCUGGCUGCGCGCACCGCUGCAGCGCGCGUAUCGAGCGGGCUCCUCCGUCACUAUCGCCACGCCGUCGUCAGCAACAUCGCCCGCGGAGGCGAUAUUUGAUGAUGUUGCCACGGUUUUCAACAGUGAUCUCGUGAGCAGCGACUCCACGAUAGGGUAG